AUGGCCCGCAGGGUCAAGUCUAUUGCUAGUGAUGACUCGCAGAAGGAGAACUCCAGUGCGCGUAGGGUAAACUCGGAGAAGGCAAAGGGGAAGAUGCCUGCCACAAGAGGCCUCGGGCGCCGGCGCGCCACUGAGGAAGAAGAGCUGCAGGAGGAAGAGAUCGCGCAAGAGGAUGAUGAUGCGGAGGGCGAGGCGGUGGAGGGGGGAUUUGAGGUGGAUGAUAAAGAAGAGGACGAAGAGGACGAGCAGGAAGACGGCGCGUCUCCCAAGGGCAGAAAACGCGUCCGCGUUAACGAAGAGGGCGAUUCGCGUCCCGCGGCCUUCACGCCGGAGAGCAAGCCGCGUAUUCAAGCUUUACCUCGCGAUGCCGACGGCUUCAUCCCCGGCUCCAUUGUCCGCAUACAGCUCAAGAAUUUUGUGACAUAUGACUACGUCGAGUUCCGUCCAGGUCCAUACCUGAAUAUGAUCUUUGGGCCUAACGGCACUGGCAAGAGCACGAUCGCCUGUGCUAUUUGUUUGGGACUGGACUUCCCGCCCAGCAUCGGAACAGACAACGGUCAUAUUGAGAUCGAGCUGAAGAGUCCGAAAGGGAAGCCCAACUUGGUCAUCAAGCGAACCCUAAGUGCAAAGUCUAAGAGCUCGAACUUCACCUUGAACGGACAGUCUGCGACAGGUCGCGAAAUCAAUGCCCGCAUGGCUGAGCUCGGCGUCCAAGUCAGCAACCUCUGUACCUUCCUGCCUCAGGACAAGGUCUCAGAAUUUGCCCAGAUGAGCUCUCAGCAGCUGCUCCGCGAAACGCAGCGCGCGGCAGGCAACGCAAGUAUGACUUCAUGGCAUGAUACGCUUAUCAGCUCGGGAAAGGAUCUGAAGCAAAUGCAGGAAAAACUGAACAGCGAUCGCGACCAACUUAAAACGAUGCAAGAGCGCAAUGCCAAUCUCGAACGCGAUGUCCGACGUUACGAAGAACGUCGUGAGCUAGAGAAACAGAUUGAGUUGCUGGAACUCGUAUUCCCAUUCAGACAGUACAUAGAGGCGAAGGACCGGUAUUCUGAAACCAAAACAAGACAGCGUAAUCUGCACGAGCGUGUCCUCAGGCUGCAGGCAAAGAAUGCUCCCAUCAAUGAGCGUAAAAAGGCGCUUGAGCGCGAGCUACGCGACCUCGAUGAACGACGCAAUCAGAAGAAGGACGGGAUUCGCAGGAAAUUCGACAAGAUUCAGAGAAAGAACAGCGAAAUUGAGAAGUUGGAAGCCAAGUCGGAAAAUGCGAAAACCGAGCUCGAAAAUUCGAAGAAGGCUGAAAAGGAACGGGUCAAAAAGAUUUCCACUUCCGAGAAAACCAUCUCGCAAAUCCGGGAACAAUUAGACAAUCCUCCCAAAGUCGAAGAUCUAGAUGUGAUCAAUGAUGACAUGCUUGGGCUGAGAAAUCGUAUGGAAGAGCUUCAGAGCAAACAGAGGCGACAUGUAGAGCAAGAGUCUAGGAAUAGAGCAAUCGUUGAUCAAAACACGCGCGGGCUACAGCAGUUAGACGAUGCAUCGCACCGGAAGCUGGACGCUCUAACGAACUGGGAUCAUGACUGCGGUGCUGCAGUGAAAUGGUUGCGAGAUAACCGGCAUCGAUUCAAGAUGGAGAUCUUUGAACCUCCCAUGAUUUGUGUGACCGUCCCAGAUAGGCGUUUCGUGAACGCUGUGGAGGCAUGUUUCGGCGCAAGUCAACUGAAGACCUUCGUGGCACAAUGUGAAGAAGACUAUCAGUUGCUCAACCGACUGCUAGUAGAUACACCGGACGCUGUCGGUCGCAGACUGCGACUUCACACCUGGUAUCGGAGGAAGGACGAAAGCCAACUGGCACCUCCACCGAUGUCGAUGCAAGAGAUGCACGAGCUCGGAUUUGAUGGUUAUGCGAUUGACUACGUUAGCUGUCCGGAGGGUUUGAAGUGGUUCUUGACGACCAACAUGAACCUUCAUCGGAUCGCUAUCGCACUGCAACCCAAUGUCGAUCCUAAGCGGGCUAUGGAAAUGGUCUCGCGAAUCGGACCCAGAGGCGAAGGUGGUGGUUCCAGCUACAUUAUAGGCAACGUCUUCAACACCGUCACGAGAUCGCGAUAUGGAAAGCGUCUACCGCAAAACUCGACACGAGAGGUUCGGCCUGCACGUAACCUUGUUUCUAUCGUAGUGGACGAGUCUCAAAAGCGACGAUUUGAGCAAGCCAUCAACGAAGCAAGGCAACAGCUCUCGUUGUGUGAGCAAGAGGCCCAAGAGCUCAGUACGGAGGAAGCCACUAUCAAACAUGAGACAAAAGAACUCAAGGCCCAGCAUGACGCGGUCCGGCGUCGCAAGGAGACCGUCAUGGAGGUUACGCGAAGACUGACAAACCUCGGGUUGAGACUCGAGCGCGAGACUGAGGAGCUCGCAAAACUGCUUUCUGCGCCCCCUGUUGAUGUUCAGCGCGAAGAGCACAAGAAAACUCUUCUUGCUACUGCACGAACACGAGCAGAGCUUGCCAAGGAAUGCCUUAACACAAUCCAGAGUGUCUUUGCAGAUCAGAUGGAGGCUACUCGCCUGUCGCUGCGGCACUGCCAGGUGUCCGCGAACAAGGCUGCGCUCGAAAAUCUCGUCAGCGCGCGGGAAGAAAUCUAUCAGAGAGCUCUCAAGGAGUUCAGCGACGCUCAUAAGCUAUAUGAGGUUGCCAAGCAAGAUUCCAGAGCAAAGCUUGACAUUAGCAAGGCCAAGUUGGCUUCCGUAGACGACGAGACGCGCGCUCGUUUCAGAGAUAUGGAAGAGAGUGGCGAAGCGAAUGCGAGGUCUGCGGUCGAGAUCCACACAGAACUUGAGGCCAAACGCGCGCAACUUGAGAUGAACCUGCAGACCAACUCAGGCGUGGUCGACCAGUACAGGAGACGCCAAGCUGAGAUUGACCUGCUCUCGAAUACAAUUGAUGAGCGAGAGAAGAGGGCAGAACGCGUGGAGCGAACCAUCAAGAACGCUCGAGACAACUGGCAACCGGCGCUCGAGGGGCUCGUGGAUAGUAUCGGCCAGAAGUUCUCAGCUGCAUUCGACCGUCGGUGUUAUAACAUUUUUGAAAGUCUCGGCUGUGCCGGCGAGGUCAGAAUUCGUCCGCACGAGGAUUACGACAAAUGGGCCAUUGAUAUCUUGGUCAAAUUCCGUGAUCACGAGAAGUUGCAGCUUCUGACAGGAGAGCGACAAUCAGGAGGGGAACGCUCUCUCACGACCAUACUUUAUCUCAUGAGCCUAACGGAGGAGGCGCGCGCUCCGUUCUCGCUCGUAGAUGAGAUCAAUCAAGUACGCGUAUCAUGA